UGCUCAAUUCUCAAUUCUCACUUCACCUCCGUCAAGAUCCCCCUUGUGGACUCGGGCGUUCAUCUAUGUUUGCCUCGACAAGGGCGAGCAAUGGGCUCUUACGUACGCUGCUGACGGCCAGCGGUCCGUCUGCUUCCAACUUCUGUCGCGCACCUUUAUGGUUUCAACGUAACGCGUACGCUACCGUCGAGGACAAAGUCUCCGCCGCUGCGAAGAAGAAAGAGAGGGAGGCCUUUGUUCAAACAUCUUCAUCGCUUUUCAAGACGUACAAAGCUAUUACGCCUGGUACUCGUCACCUUCGACGACCCUUAACACCCAACCUGUACGAAGGAAGACCAGUGCGAGCACUUACAGUCGCGAAGCGCAAAAAUGGCGGUCGUAACAGGACAGGUCGAAUCACCUGCCGACAUCGUGGAGGAGGGCACAAACAACGGAUACGUCUGCUCGACUUUCGUCGCGAACAACCCGGUGUGCACGAUGUGGUCCGUGUCGAGUACGACCCCGGGCGUUCCUCCCACAUUGCACUGCUGAAGAAUCGUAACGCCACUGCAGAAGGAAAAGAAAAAUGGAGUUAUAUUCUGGCGACGGAUGGCAUGCGUGCUGGGGAUACGGUGCAGAGCUUCAGGUCGGGAAUUCCGGAUGGACUUGUCCCUGGGUUCGACCUCAAGGCGCUCAACAAGAAAAAGCCUGAAGGAGCCUCAGAGGAGGAAGCGGCGGCCUACGAGUCUUCUCAGUCGCUCGCACUCGGUGUCUUCCGUUCCAUGACCCUCAAAUCUGGCAAUGUCCUUCCCUUACGACUCAUUCCUCCCGGCACCAUUAUCCAUAAUAUCACGCUCUCACCUCAAGGCCCUGCCAUCCUUGUACGCUCUGCGGGUACCUCUGGGCAGGUCAUGGCUCAUGAAACCAUGGGGCGGUAUACACACGUUCGGUUACAGAGUGGUGAAGUGCGCAAGGUUCUGCAGGAUUGCUGCGCGACAAUUGGGAAGGUAUCCAACCCGCUUUGGAAGCACAGGAGUCUUGGGAAGGCCGGGAGGCGGCGUUGGCUGGGCUGGAGGCCUGAAGUCCGUGGUGUCGCGAUGAACAAAUCUGACCAUCCUCAUGGUGGUGGACGUGGAAAGUCGAAAUCUAACAAGCAUCCCGUCUCAAUUUGGGGUUGGGGUACAAAGGGCACGAGAACGAGGAAGCCGGGUCCCAAGGGUCCCAAGAACAGCAACAAGAUGGUCAUACGCGAGCGCCCGAGAGGCGUCGAGAAACGGAGCGCUGUAUAAUAGCAUCCUCUGGUAUUAUAUUACACUAAUCGAUCCAUCAGAAUCAGACCUAGAAUGCUGGGUGCGGUCCAGAAUUUACC